UAUGAAAUAACUAAAAGAGAUUGUGUGUGUGACGCCUAAACGUGUGGGACGUUGACACGCAAUCAGGAACUAAUAUAAUAUAAGUCAACGAAAAUAAUGCGUUCAGUUAUUUAUACUGCUGCGAAGUUUUCUGCUGCCUUUUUCUGUUCACAGUCCUCUCGGAAAAGCAAGUCUUUCAUUUCAGUUGCUUCCAUUCAUUUGAGAAAAAUGGUGCAUUACCUAACAGAGCAGAGAGGACGACCAAACUCAACUGACUACAGGAUUUAUUUAAAAACUUCAGAUGGAAAAUAUAUAUCCCCUUUCCAUGACAUUCCUCUGUAUGUUGCUGAUGAACAGGAAUGUGGUGUUCCACCAAAGAAAAUUAAAAGGAAUGAGAUCCUGUUUAACAUGGUUGUAGAAGUUCCUCGUUGGUCAAAUGCCAAGAUGGAGAUAGCAACAAAGGAACCAUUAAACCCGAUUAAGCAAGAUGUGAAGAAAGGCAAGCUACGAUAUGUAGCUAACAUUUUUCCACACAAAGGUUACAUUUGGAACUAUGGUGCACUUCCACAGACAUGGGAAGAUCCAAACCACAAUGACAAGGAAACCAUGUGCUGUGGAGACAAUGACCCCAUAGACGUGUGUGAGAUCGGCUCCAAGGUGUGUGUAACGGGGCAGGUAAUUCAGGUUAAAGUUCUUGGAAUUCUGGCUUUGAUAGAUGAAGGAGAGACUGACUGGAAGGUAAUAGCCAUCAAUAUAGAAGACCCAGAUGCAUCGAGCCUUAACAGUAUUGAGGAUGUGAGAAAGGUUAAGCCUGGUCAUCUUGAGGCUACGGUGGAUUGGUUUAAAAAAUAUAAAGUGCCAGAUGGAAAGCCUGAGAACCAGUUUGCAUUCAAUGGACAAUUUAAGGAUAAGGACUUUGCUGUAGAAGUCAUAAAAUCAACACAUGGCUACUGGAAAGCUUUAGUUAUGAGGAAAAAGAUGAAAGGUGAUGAAAUUGUUUGUCAAAACUCCUCCUUGUGCGAUACUCCAUUCAAAUGCAGUGAUGCAGAGGCCAGUGCUGUGGUUCAAGCUGCUGCAGAAUAUGGGGAACCUCUCCCAGUGUCUUCUGAAGUGGACAAAUGGCACUUCUUUGCAAAGUAAAAGAUCAUUCACACUUUGCAGAGUGAUCUCACAAGAAGGUAGAAAAGGGCCGAAGAUGCUAUUACAUGGGUCCGUUAAUAUCCAUGGUACAAAGAUUUUUGUGUUUCAUUAAUGUUUUAUUUUUAAAACAUGGCUUUAUUUAUUAGCACAAGGCACAAACACUUACUUGUCAUAUAUGGGGUGAAAUGAGCAAGUAAUUUUUUCUUAUCAGUCAUUUCAGUAUUUUUGCAGUAACAUUGUUUGAUAUGUUUCUGUUCUUAAUUAUUGUUAAUUUACAUAUUUCAAAAUACAUGUGUUUCAGUGCCAAAGCUCAUGUUAUCUUUCAUACUUUAAAGGUUAAAUAGUUAACAAUCUCUACAAUGUGAGGUUUUACUCUCAUUUUAUCAUUUUUUCCCCUUAAAUUUCUGUUUAUUUACUUGGACUGACUUAGGAACAGAUGUUUAUCAAGGACAGCAUUUUAUUUUUGUAAGUGUUUAGUGUGCCUGGUUGCAACAAACCCUCUGGUUUAAUCUCCCUGUGAACAGGAAGUUGCGACCUUCAAUAUUGUGACAUAUUUUCGCGGGGUGUAAUGGUUCUCUGUAAAAAAAAAAAAAUAAUUCAUACAGUACCGUUCUUCACCACAUAUAUAAAUUACAUAGUGGAAAAAGUGAAUUUUGAAGGUGUAAUGUUAAUUUUUGAAAAUGUAUGUGUUUGUUACUAGAUAAGGCAGUUUGGGGUGUGAGUGUGUGCAGUGUAUAUUGCAGAACAGCAGAGGUUGUUUACCAGUAGUUUUCCAAAUAAAAAAAAAAACAAACAUUAUAAAACCCCAUAGGAAAAUCUCGAAGGAACCAGCGGCGAAUUAGUCUUCCGGGUUAUGAUGUCAUACCUGCACCACUCUUUAUGACUCUGGCUGUGUCCGAAAACUUAGGCAGCUGACUUGUCGCCUCACUGCCUUAUCAGGCAAUGACUAUGUAGGCAUGGUUUGCUUAUGAAGGUACCUCACGAAACUGAUUUUGCACUUCUGAGGCAGCGUAGCGGUUUAAUGAUCUACAUUAAAAUAGAGCAAGCUUUGGUGAUAACUAAGUAAAUAUUUCUCACUAGAAAUGACAUCAGAAGUGGAAAACAUUUUCAAGUACGUACAUUUACACACAAAUUGACCACCAUCCACAACUUUCAGACACCUCCUUCAGACAUCUGUCACAGAAUAACGAAAGCAAAAAUAGAUUGACAAUGGACUGCCUGAUGUUUCGGGGCCAGUGCGAAAGACGCUCAGUUGACAUUGUCACUGUCCCGACUGUGCCAGUGCUGCAUCGUCACAAAAGUUUAUCAUUUGCAUGUUUUUAAGCCUUGCCACUUUAACCAUUCAAGUGCAAGAGAAAAGAACUUGCGCACACUGUGUGAGAAGUUUUGUGUGCGCAUGUCUCAGACAGCAUAUGAAUACUAAAUUGCUUUGAAGUCUUCUUUUGCUUCUUUUUGCUAAUCAAACAACAAAAGGCAAAUAAAUCACUCACUGCUCUUUACUGAAUCACUUUUGUAACUUUAAUAAAGAAUCAAUCUUUAAUUUAUACAGUGAAGAUUAUAUGCAGUGUUAUUUUACAUUUGAUUGCUUUAUUCAAUGUCUGUACCUGAAAACUACUGUUAGACCUACCUGAAAAACCUGAAAAGCACUGUUUAUUUUAUGUUGUAUCUUUGCUCUAUUGUAUUUAUUUGUGCUAUUCCUUGUAGGGAGGGAAGUACAUCUUCAGAUUUUGCUUAAAGAUUACAAAGACAAUUUUUUUUUAAAUACUUUUUUGUGUGUGUGGAUUUACUUUGAUGAAUUGUUUACCACAAGACUAGUAAUGUGCGCUAACAAAGCAAAUAUGGUCAAUUUUGAUUUCAUGCCAACUUUAAGAAAACCCUUACAAUUGUUACAAUUGUCAUGGCAUUAUUCCUUGGGUAAUAAUUGUCUUACUAGGAUUUUGCCAAUUCAUAGAAAAGUAUAGCCUAUUCGGGGGGAGCACAGCAGCUUCCCUUUAUUUAACAGAUAUAAAUAAAAUUUGGGUAACGUUUCACAGUAAGGUCUUACUUAUUAUAGGUAUUACAAUAAUUGGGAUAUAACUAGGUACUAAAGCUGCACCACCCCUAAACCUAACCUUAACCCAUGUAGUUACAACCUUAUAUUACCCAGUACUUUCUUAGGUAAUUCCACUGUAAGUAGAUGCAAGUUCAUGUAGUAUAAAAAUGAAGUGCAACUGAAAUAUUGUUCAUUAUUAUUUCAUGUUGACUAAUGUUAAGAAAAGGAACCUUAUUGUAAAGUGUUCUGAAAUUAGGAAACCACUUCAAAUUAGGAGAGUUUGUCUUAGUAAAGGUGAUCAAAAAUUCAAA